GAUAUCGUCAAAAUUUUGGCAUGGUUGAUUUUUACGAGAUUGAGUGAAUUACAACCGUUUUCUGAAAAUUAUUAUGAAAAUGGAGUGGAAACCCGAACAGGAAGGAUUAAGGCAAAUUCUUACACUUUUAAAGGAAUCCCAAUCACCAGAUACUGCUACUCAGAGAGCAGUUCAACAAAAAUUGGAAGAAUUGAAUAAAUAUCCAGAUUUCAAUAACUAUCUAAUUUUCGUCUUAACGAAAUUGGUAUCCGAAGAAGAACCUACAAGAUCACUCAGCGGUUUGAUUUUGAAAAAUAAUGUGAAGUCACACUACAACAAUUUUUUACCGGAGGUCGCCGAGUUCAUCAAACGAGAAUGUUUAUCUGCAGUCGGUGAUCCAUCACCAUUAAUUCGCGCAACUGUCGGCAUUAUUAUAACUACUAUUGCUAGUAAAGGAGAGCUUACAUCUUGGCCUGAACUGUUGCCAUCAUUAUGUCAAAUGCUUGAUUCACAAGAUUACAAUGUUUGUGAGGGAGCAUUCGGAGCACUUCAAAAAAUUUGUGAGGAUACGGCAGAACUUCUUGACAGUGAUGCACUCAACCGGCCCUUAAAUGUUUUGAUUCCCAAAUUUUUACAGUUCUUUAGACAUUCUUCACCUAAAAUAAGAUGUCAUGCUAUUGCUUGUGUCAAUUACUUUAUUAUGAGUAGAACGCAGGCACUCAUGUUACAUAUUGAUUCUUUUAUUGAGAACCUUUUCCACUUGGCAGCUGACGAGGACCAUGAUGUGAGAAAAAAUGUUUGUCAUGCUUUAGUUUUACUAUUGGAAGUUCGUCUGGAUAGACUCAUUCCACAUUUACCCAAUAUUAUUGAGUAUAUGUUGGUGAGAACGCAAGAUCCUGAAGAGGGUGUAGCUCUGGAGGCGUGCGAAUUUUGGCUAUCUCUAGCAGAUCAGAAUGUCUGUAGGGAGGUACUAGGGCCUCGCUUGCCAGCUCUGUUGCCGGUCCUAGUAAGGGGUAUGCGUUACUCUGAAAUGGACGUGAUCUUACUCCGCGGCGAUCGCGACGAUGACGCGGACGAAGCGGAGCCGGAUCGCGAGUCUGACAUACGACCGAGGUUCCAUAAACCACGCUCACACACAAUAAAACAUAAUGUGGGCAGCGGAGACAGCAAUAUGUCAGGAGGCGGAGAGUCAGAUGAUGAAGAUGAAGGCGGUGCAGACUCUGAUGACGGAUCUCUUUCUGACUGGAACCUGCGCAAGUGCAGUGCUGCAGCCCUCGAUGUUCUCGCCAGCGUGUUUGGAGCUGAUCUGCUGCCUGUUCUCUUCCCCAUACUCAAGGAGACACUCUUCCAUGAGGAUUGGGUCAUUAAGGAGAGCGGCAUCCUAGCGCUGGGCGCGGUGGCGGACGGGUGCAUGGUGGGCAUGGUGCCGCACCUGCCCGACCUCGUGCCGUACCUCGUGUGCUGCCUCGGCGAGCGGAAGGCGCUCGUGCGCGCCAUCACCUGCUGGACCCUGUGCAGAUACUCUCACUGGAUCGUGUCGCAGUCGCAUGAUCUCUAUCUGAGGCCGGUUAUGACUGAGCUCUUAAAACGCGUAUUAGACAACAACAAGCGCGUACAGGAAGCGGCUUGUUCAGCAUUCGCUACGUUAGAAGAGGAAGCUUGCACGGAACUAGUCCCGUACUUGGGGCACAUUUUACAGACUUUGGUGUACGCUUUCAGCAGAUACCAACAUAAAAACUUACUCAUUCUGUAUGACGCCAUCGGAACCCUUGCUGACUCUGUUGGACACCAUUUAAAUAAACCGGAGUACAUUAAUCUGCUUAUGCCGCCUUUGAUAACAAAGUGGAAUGUAUUGAAGGAUGAGGACAAGGAUUUGUUCCCAUUGCUUGAGUGUCUAUCGUCGGUAGCAACAGCUUUACAAUCUGGUUUUCUGCCCUACUGCGAACCUGUCUUCAGAAGAUGUGUCUCUUUAAUAGAGCAAACUUUGAAUCAAAAUAUACCCGACUUCAUGUUCUUCUGCGACGCGGUGGCCUCGUGGUCGCACCCCAAGGACGAUCUGAAGGAGAUGUUCACGAAGAUCCUGCACGGGUUCAAGAACCAGGUGGGCGAGGAGAACUGGCGCCGCUUCACCGACCAGUUCCCCGUGCAGCUCAGCGCGCGCCUCUCCGCCAUGUGCGGCAUAUAGGGCACGCGCCGCGCGCUGUGGGGAACCAAUGUCAGCACGGGUCGGGAAGACAUUGCGAAGUCGCACCGAGUGUUUGUUACAUUUUGACAUGUACCUGAAAUUACGGCGACUCCACUUAAUAGACGAGGGCUCGCGCCCGGGAAACGCACAGUUGGGAGCAUUAUAUGGGGAUAGCUUAGCGGCGCGUUGCAUGCUUACGCGGCCCGCGCGCGUAUAUCGCAUCGCACGCGAACCUUGUACGUUCGCUAUUUAUGGACCGAAAUACUUACGCGAUAAAGCUCACUUUUCCACUCCUCUUCGCUGUACGACUCGACAUCGAGUCACCCGUCUCCCUCUUGUAUAUAUCGAACACGCUAUUUCGGCCCUUAAAUACAGUGCGAACUCAUAGUGGUCGGAGUGUUAAUUGCAUGAACUUUAGUGUUAGUGUUUAGUGAUAACCGAGAGCGAGUAAUGUAUUAUUAUUUUUCGAAUUGGUUUUCAAAUUUUAUCAGUGAUCGUUUAAAUUCGGAUAGCGUUAAAUUUGUAAAUGUUUACCGAAACGUUCGAGAUCUCGCCAAGUGAUUACGAAUCACGAUUAUUGUUUUCAGAUUGAUUGCACGCCAAUGCUUGCAUUUUUACUGUAAGAGUUUGUCGCCCUUAAUUUUGUUAUAUUCGGCACAAUGAUUUGGGAAAACUUAAUAAGUUACAUACAAUAAUGUUUAUGUUUUAGUGUCGGAAUUGUUUCGCUUGAAUUUUGAUCGACUGAUAUAACCGUUCACUGCUCAGCGUAGAUUUUGUACUUGUGUUCUUAUACCGACUUACCCCAAUAUACAACAUUCAUAUUACAAGAGAAAUGUUAAAAUCGUUCGUCAAAUAUACAAUUUACUUGAUGGUCGUGUAUAUUUCGUAAGCAUUUAUUCGUUUCCUUUAUAGGUUCUUCAAAAUAAUUAAUACAACUAUUUAAUGAAAAAAUGUAUUCGUUAACUAUUUUAACAUGAAUUACAAAGACUUAGUGAAAUCGAGAAUUUAUGUCAACUGUGAUUUGUGACUGGUUUAUUUUGACUAAUAUAUGUGUAUGUCUAUAUGUCUGUGUCGUGCUGAUAUAUUAUCGCUUUGAUAGUUUUUGUGUCGGCUAGAUAUCUGCUAUAUUAAUAUACCAAAUAGUAUUUUUACGUUUUAUUUUAUUUUAAUUGUUUGUAUGAUCGAGUUGGUCACACGUUUCUCAUUUGAAUUGUAAACUUGAUCGUAGUCUUUAAAUUUUUAUAAGUCAAAUAGCUAAGCUUUCUGAAAAUAUAAUGAAUACUAAGUUCCUAACGCAUUCUAAUAGUCUCGACACUUAUAAAUCUAAAACAAAUAGCAAGUUUUCAUUUCGAUUGUUGAAUGUAGUGAUCAACUUUAAUAAUUGGUAUAAAGUACUAUUUACGUGUAUAUAUAUUUAAAUAGAUAUUAUUAUGUAUAUGUACAUAUAUUUCGUUGUAUAUUAUUAUAAUUAUAUGCAAUUAAAUUGUGACAUUUUGUUUUAUAUUAAAAACUAAAAAGUCUGACUUAACUUCUUGUUAUACGGCAUAAGUUCAGAUAGUUCUCUGUAUAGAUUCCUUUUCUCAGUGUUUGCUAAACUAUUGAUCUUACAUUUAAUUUUCAUCAUACUUUAAGAAGAAUGUUACGUACAUGUUUUUGUUUAUAAAGGUUUGCGUUAUCGUAAUCACAUCUAAAUAAUCAGUAAUGUCUAAAAUGUCGAAAAAGUUAAAAUAUAACAUUUAAAAUGAACACUAAGAAAAGGACGCUUGUUUAUGGUCUGAAAUUGAGUAGUUCAAAAGAACGUUAGUCUUUUUUUUGCAAUAUUGUAUUAGUUAUAUUAGAUAUGCAGCGGAAAGCGAUACUAUUUUCGGGGAUACAAGUUAAACAUUCCUAGGGGCUUAAUUUAAAAUGUUACUUUCUUAUAUUUGGAUUUUAGUUCUGUUCGAUAUAGUAUUGUUUUUAUUACAAUGCUUUACGUAUUCGAUACAGUUCCAAUGCUUAAAAGAUCCGAAAUUAAUAAAGUUUAUUUGGUCAAAUUUUUUAAAGCUUUGAAACUGUGUCGUUUAUACGUUAUAUAUGGGAAUCCUGUUAAAGUCCUCAUCCCGAAUACCCUUGAAAGUUCCUACCCCGAGUCCUUUCUAGUCCCCAAUUCCUGUGAUGUGCCAACGAAGCCCGAGUAGUGUGCGAACGAGCGCUCACUUUUCGAUCAGUGAGACAACCAUAUUUUAUCGUAUAUAUUCGCUACCGGAAACGUGAAGACAUAAUUUAAUAGUAAUAAUAGUUUAAAAAUACUAUUUUCUUGGUAGUGAUUUUAGUUUCUUUAUGAUUUGCUGGGGGGGUUGUGUCGAAAGUGAUUCAUAUAAUAUACGUCGUCGCCAGCGAAUAUAUACGAGAUGAAAUGGUUUAAGCUAAGGCGUGACGCGUUGUUACAGUUCCAACAACGUUACCCGUUAUUUUACAAUGAAAAUUUUAUCAUUCAGCGCACGGCUUUGCAUUAUUUUUAAGCGAAUCGAACACAAUGUUGAAUUUUACGGGUGUCCGCGUAAUUUAAUUUUAAGAUUAUUAGAGUUUUGUCAUUGUAUAUUUUUAUUGUAGUAGUGAUUUUGUUUUCCUAAAAAGAAACCGUGAUAAUAGCUCGUUAAGUGAUUGCAUGGAUGUGUGAGUGAGCGAGGCGGCGUUCGUGAGGCACGAUUCCUUUCCUAAGGGUAUAGUUGUAGUAUGUUAUAGUAUCGAAGAACAUUAAAUUGUCAAUUUGUCAUACAAAAAAAAUCAUCUGUUCUGUAUUUUUCGUUUUCAAAAUCUAUAAACUUAUGUUCACGCUGUGGCAAUUUCAAAUUUAUCGUAGAAACGUAUUCUACCAUUAUUGUUUGCCAUGUCAACUAACCAAAAGCAAUAUUGCUAUAAUGUAGCCAUUAUAUAACAUUGGUGGAAUUGCUAAACCUGAAUAAUGAAGAAUUUUACGGUUGUGUAAAUGAUAGUCUCACCAUUUACCAUGUUGUAUUACUUUAGGUUAUUUUAUGUUACAAUUAGUUCACUAUGUAUGUAUAUUCACGCAUAUAGUACAACUUGCAGCACAGUUGACAUGAGCGCAUCACGCAACUGAUGUAAAACGUAGCUAAAAAUUAUUCGAUUAGGUCCUCACAAAGAGAAUCCAUACCGGUAUGGAAAUUUAAUUUAAAAUCGCUUAUAGUCGCAUAAAUACUCACAAUGCUUUCAAUUUUUUAUGUACCUAGAUAAUGUAUUUUAUAUUCGUCAUCGUCGAGCCAAAUUAUAUGAAUCGUACUUACGUAUCUAUUUUGAUAUCCAUAUUGUAUUUGUAACGUUUAUAAAGUAUUUUCGUCGUUUUCUAUUUAUUGAUAUCGUUUAACUGUUCUAAGUAAAUUACUGUCAUAUCUGUAUGUAUCCCGUUUGCAUGAUGUAUUGUGUUGUAGUGAAAACGUGAUUGUUGCAACAUUGUGUAAAUUUGAAGUGAGUACAGUGUGUUUGUGAGUCGGACGAGUGGAUCGCUACCUCCAACGUAAGGCCUAACGAGCAUUUACGUAGUACUACGAAAAAUGGCAAAUGUUCUUCUGCAUACAAAAUGUAUUAGCGUCGAUGCAAAAACGUUGAAUAAUGUGUUCCAUUUUCGUAGUGCUUUUGUACAUGCUUUCUAAAUUGUUCUCAUUUUCGUAUCGAAAUUAGUUUCUGUACUCACUGUAUGUCGGAAUUGUACAUAAACGCGUCACCGCGAGAGUGCGUUGCGCUAAAUAUUUAGUACCUAAUGUAAGUUCUGGUUGUAUACAUUGACCUCACCAUAGACAUUCUUUUACCAUACAUUUCGUUAAUAAAGCACUCAUUGUUCGAUC